AUGGCUUGCAUUCAUAUUGAUUCUCCUGAGCUCCGUGCCCCGCGGGUUAACCAACCUGUUUAUCGAGAGGAUUGCACCCAGUGCUUUGACUCAAUAGACGAUCCUUCGGGUUUAGAUGUCUGUCUUUUCUGUUUCAACGGCGGAUGUACGGGCGAUAGGAAUCACUCAAGCAUCCACCACCAGCGCUCAGGACAUCCGCUCGUGUUGAAUAUCAGGAGGACAAGAAAAGCCGUGCAGAUGUCGAAGCUAGCCAUCACUGCGGAAAGUGAAGAAGAUCGCUAUGACACUACCACGAGAGUUAACUGCCAUUCUUGUCAAGUUAGUGACAUUGAAAAAUCCGCUGGGAAACUCCCAGCGGUUGUCAAUGGUGUAUUGAAAGCUGCCACAUUCUCACGGAAGGAGGAAGUCAAGGCCUGGGAGCAGGAAUACAAACCGUGCCAGCAUAUACUGUCUCUCGUCCAGGAUCAAUCGAAUCAGACAACGUCAAAAGAUCUAUGUAAAUGCUCCUCAUGCGACUUAAAAGAGAACCUCUGGUUGUGCCUCGAAUGCGGUAAUUUAGGGUGUGGUCGAAGUCAGUUUGGCGGCGUAGGUGGUAAUUCUCAUGGCCUCGCCCAUGCAGAUUUUUCUUCCCAUGGAGUCGCCGUUAAACUUGGUUCCAUUACACCGGAGGGCUCUGCGGAUGUUUUCUGCUACAAAUGCAAUGACGAGAUCAUCGAUCCUGACCUUACCACACAUUUAAAACACUGGAACAUAAAUAUCGCUGAUCUCGAAAAAACCGAACAAAGUCUCGUGGAAAUGCAGAUUGAACAAAACCUUAAAUGGGAUUUUUCGAUGACUGGACAGGAUGGACAUGAAUCGAAGCCCCUUUUUGGAAAGGGACUUACAGGACUCAAGAAUUUGGGAAACAGCUGCUAUGUUUCCAGUGUUUUACAGUGCCUAUUCUCAUUGCCUGAAUUCAAAGAGCGGUAUUCCCAAUCCAUGGCCAUUCCACCAGCCACAUUAACCCCAGCGGAAGAUCUUGAAACACAGUUACGGAAACUCAACGAUGGUCUACUCUCUGGCCGUUAUUCAUUCCCCGAUCCCGAUGCAGCUAUUUCUACUGAUUCGCUCGAUGUCGUCUAUCAAAAGGGUCUUGCUCCUGCGAUGUUCAAACAUUUGGUGGGUCGUGGCCACGAAGAAUUCUCAACAAUGCGUCAGCAAGAUUCAUUUGAAUUUCUUAUACAUCUUUUCAAACUCAUUACACGUUCAAAACACACAGACGGCCUCCAAGACCCUGUGGGCUCAUUUCGGUUUGCACUAGAACAACGUUUGCAAUGUCUAGCGUGCAGAAAGGUCCGAUAUACGGUGGAUGAGCAGGAUAAUAUUUCGGUCCCUGUUCCAGCACGUCACAUAAAGUCCAAUCAAAAUGAUACAACCUCAACAGGGGAUCAGACUUCGCCAAAUACACCGGAAUUCGAAAGAGUGACUUUGAAAGAAUGUUUGGACAUUUUUACUGCAGAUGAGAGAGUCGAAUUGUCGUGUACCGCGUGUGGUAGCAAAGCAGGUUUCCUCAAAAGGUCUCGUUUUAAAACCUUCCCAAGGAAUUUAGUGAUUAAUGCUCGUAGGUUUAGCCUCGUUAAUUGGGUACCGACAAAGCUUAAUAUUCCCGUUGAGGUUGAUGAUAAACCCUUUGAUAUGAGUGCUUAUAUAUCCGCCGGGCUCCAGGAUGGCGAAGAAUUAUUACCAGAGGAUUCACCCGCAAGCCAACCCGCAGCGUUUAUUCCAAACCACAAUGCACUUGAUCAGCUUUUAGCUAUGGGAUUUCCAGAAGUUCGGUCCAAAAAAGCCCUUCACGCAACCGGAAAUGCUAACGUAGAGGCUGCGAUGAAUUGGCUAAUUACCCACAUGGAGGACCCGGAUAUUGACGAACCUGUAGAACUUACAGCAGGCAAUCCUCCCUCAAACGAUCAACCGAUGGAUGAUCCAGACAGUAUCGCCCAGCUUAACGAAAUGGGAAUUGACGUGGCCAAGGCUCGCAUGGCUCUCAGAGAAACAGGUGGUGAUGUUAUGAGAGCGGUCGAGUGGGUGUUCAGCCAUCCUGAUGACACAGGAGCAUUAGAGGAUUCCUCAGGAGAUAUGCCAUCUGGCAACACCAGAGAGCCUCCUGGCUUCAAAGAGUUACCAGCUGAAUUCCAACUACAAUCCAUCAUCUGUCAUAAGGGGGCCUCAGUUCAUGCCGGGCAUUAUGUCGCGUUUGUACGAAAGCUCCUACCAGGAUCGGAGACACCGCAAUGGGUCCUGUUUAACGAUGAGAAGGUCGUUGAGGCGAGCGAUGUGGAGGAAAUGAAGCAAUUUGCAUAUGUCUACUUUUUCAGGAUGCUCUAG